GAUCCUCAAUCCUUUUUCUGACGUCUCUUCUGAUCUUUCGAGGUUUCGAAGUCUGAAACACUCCAAGCAUUAUUCUGACUUAUGGGGUUGAAUCGAAUGAUUUUCCGAGACCUUCACUACCACGUUGUUCUUAACAGCUUGAAAUGAGAAGCAGUUCGAUUGCACUAUUAUCCGUUCAUUGGCGUGAGAGACACGAAUCGAUAGGAGAAGGCAAAAGACGUACGACGAUAUCCUUCACGUCCUAAGUACAAGGACUUAGGCAUCCUAUUGCAAAAAGAAAUUCUCGACUUUCUACUGAGCUUCGAGUAGCGUUAUCUCAUCCACAAAGCCUUACUAGGUGGGCGGGAAGAUGGCUCUCUCAUUACUCAUCAGCUUCGCCACUGCUGUGGGCGCUUCGGAAGGUAUUAAGGCUUCCAUGGCCAGAUCUCGUCGGGAGGAGCACCGGAGUCGGAAAAACAAUCUCGUAGUGCACUGUCCCAAGUCGUCACAGUUCAGUCUUUACCUUGAAGGACGCCAAGUGGUCUUAUCUGGCGAUAGACUAUUUGUCGACACCGGCACAGCUCAUGAUGUCCCUUUCGGUCACCCAUUUGAAGGUUACUAUCUUCCAUACCCGGACUCAUGCUUCUCCGGACUGGUGAGCACCAUUACUCACGAGGCACCCAUCAUGAAUUGGGUAUUCAUUGACCCCGUCACUUAUCAAGUCCGCUUUGGUAACCGUGCCAUGGCCGAUGAUAAUGUGACUGGGCCAUGGGAAUGCACUCGACAAGACCGAAGGCUCACAUUUUGUGGAUGGGAAGGCUUCUGCGCAGUCUUAGAAGAUAGUGGCACUUGGGGAUUAUAUUUUGAUUGUGAUGGUGACGGCCUUCGGCAGAAAGUGGAUUGGGAAAGCCGUAUAGUCAUCGAGAUUGAGCUUAUCCGACGGGAAUUGAGAACCGGAAAGCCGGAAUACAUUAACUCUGAGGAGGAGGCGAAAGGCCAGGAGUAA